AGAAAAUACGCGCGCAUUUGAGGAGGGAACGUGUUUACAAAUAUUUUAAAAAUUGUAUUUAUAGAAGAUUGUUUGAAAUUAUUUAGGUUUUUGGUAAAUUCCUUCUCGAAAAUGUCGAAACGAGGUAGGUUAGUUUGUCUUAUUUAAGACAACGAGAUCUCGUUGUUGGUUCGCAAUUGGUGAUUCUGAGAAAUAUGGCAUUUGAAUAUAAACGAUUGGCUGAUGCAAUAUUAGAUAUGUUCGACUUUAAUAUAUUAAUGUUUAUUGUAUUAAUAUUUGUCUGUGUAUUUUACGUAAAUGUUUACGUAUGUAAUCAGUUGAAACCUAGUUGCCAAAUUAAAUACAAACUACUAUUUUAUGAAACUUCUCUUUUAUUAACCCUUUAAGUAGCAAUGUGCACUGAUGUGCCCUAUUUUAUUCGGAGAUUGGUCCAAAAUCCUUUAUUUUAUUCUGUCUAAUGGCAGACGAUUUUACUUGUCAAGGGGAGAGUCCUGGCGUUCAAUGGGCUGACUAGAUUAUCUGCCGAUGUGUAGAUAGUUAACCCUUUAAGUGGCAAUGUGUGCCCUACUUUAUUAUUUUAUUCUGUUAAUGCCAGAUGAUUUUACUUGUGAAGGGUUAGAGUGAUGCCACUUGAUGGGUUAACUAGUCCUGGGGUAAUCCAUUUAUGAAUUAAAGUUCAAAACAGCUAAUUUACUGAGAUCAUAUGCUUCAAUUAAUCUCAUCAGAUAGCGUUGAAGAACUGUGUAACAAUCACAACAGUCUCUGUGGCUUUCUUGUUCACCAUGUUUGUACCAUUUAUAGGCCGAGGAAAAAUAAACCACAAAGGACGAAACAGACAUUUUAUUACAGAAGCGGAAGUCGAGGCAGAACAGGAAAAAGAACGCAAAGACAAAGAAUGGAGGGUAACAUAUCCACUUUGUAAUUCCUACUCUCGUUGGUUCUCCUCAGGAAUUAGAGAAACAUCUGCAUUUGGUCAACACAGGUUGACGAGUUACAAGACCCUAAAAUUCAUUAUUUUUAGCAAAGGCAUGGAAACAAAGAAGUCGAUGAUGACGAUGACUCAGACAAAAAAGAAAGCGAGGAAAGUGGUGAUUCUGAUGAAGAAAGUGGUUCCGAUGAAGAGGAGGUUUGUUAAUUAUUUAUUAUGUAUUAUGAUAUGGAUCAUGUAAUUAAAAUAUUAAUCAACGAACAUCAGGUGAUUAAGAUAUUGAUUGACAAACAAAUUUUCAGCCUCUCUCCCCUCCCCCCCCAACCACUUUUUUCUUCCUGUACACCUCGAUGCUGAAACUAACACUUUCAUUUUCCACAAAAAUAAUGCAUUCACCUUCCAAUGUAAUCCUGUUUCAGAAAGUGCGGAAACCGAAAGGUGUCGAUGGGUUGAUAGAGAUAAACAAUCCAAACAGAAACCAGAAAGCAACAAAAAAAGUUACAGACCUGGAUACGAACACUGAGGCGACGUUAUCGAGACGAGAGCGAGAGGAACUAGAAAAACAACAGGCACAACAACGUUACCAAAAACUUCAUGCGGAAGGAAAAACAGAACAAGCUCAACGAGACCUUGCAAGGCUCGCCAUUAUACGAAAACAACGCGAGGAAGCUGCAAGGAAAAAAGAAGAGGUGAAAAAAGGUAAUGAGUGGAGUGUUCACAGUGAGAUUACUGCUUCCCCCCCACCACCACCACCAAUGCCCCCCCCCCCAGUGUCUAACACUGUAACAAAGUAUGGUGUAUUGGCAGCUUACAUGUAUUUUUUUCUGUUUUGUUUUUACAGCCCAAGAAAAGGGAAAAGCUAAAUGACAUCCAUCAAUGAACCGUCAAAUAUUUACUCAUCAGGGAUAAAUGUGUAAAGGGCUUGUAAAAAGAUGAAGCAUGUCAGAAUGGUCCAAUUUUUGAAAUAAACUUGAUAUACUUUUGAAUGUAAAGUUGCCUUGAAGGAAUAAAUAUACUAUGGAAAUAAAUAAUAAUACUUCAUUAUUCUGUUUUGUUCUUAACUUGUAUUUGUUCAUAGGAAAAUUCGUACGGUUAUCUGUGCUAGGAC